GUUUUUCAAGAACGGCGGUCCCCAUCGGAGCAAGAAGGGUUCUUGUCAUGUUUUUGGGUGUUUUCGUCGCCAUUGAAUCUCUCUUUUGGAAGGAUUGAAGCGUCGCGGGAAUGAGCGGAGGAGCGAGGAGAGAUGGGGAGAUGAGAGAGGAUUUGAAGGGGAAGCAACUGGCCAUGGGAGAAGGUAUCAUCUGCAGGAGAGAGAUCCACAGCUAGCGAAAGAUUUGGUCUUACCGUUCGGGGGAGAGGAGAAUAUCUGAAGAUGAUGAUGAGGAAGGCGUGGAGGAAGGCGAGGAAAAGAAAAUAUGGGAUUCGUUCCUUGUCGACCACGGAGAAAGAAGAACAGAAAUGGAAACGAGGGAGAGAGAUGGAAAAGGUCCCCAAUUUGCAAUUGAGGGAAGUGGAAGGUUAUUAUUAAGAGCUUCGAGUCGUGGCGAAGGGCAAUUCGGCGUUAGGGUUUGGUUUGGUCUUCCUCAACAACAAUGUCUCGGCUUGCCAAUCUCUCGGUUCGCAACGGGCUCCAGUGGAGGGGGCAGAACAAGAUUCGCAUGUUGUCGACAUCGGCCCCUUAUCUCCUUCUGGACAGGAAUGUGGUGGGAAAGGCUUCGUCCGGUGAAAAGGCCAUCAAUUGCAAGCUGUACGAUCCGAGGAAGGGAGAGACGGUCAAGAGCCCAGCCUUGGAAUUGACAAAGGAGCUGCAGAUGGUAGGAUCGUCGAGGGGAUGGGUGGCUCUAAUGAACGAGAGCGAUUCCACCGUGCGUCUCACCGACAUGUUCAGACCAGGCUCGUCUGCCAAGGUCAUAUCCAUGCCUCCCCUUAUCCAACCAGAGGAGAGAAGAGACCUUAUCAUCAACGUGUCUCUCUCGUCUCCUCCAGAGAAGGAGGAGGACUGUGUGGUUGCGGUCAAGUUCCUUGGACCUUAUCUCAGUCUGUGCCGUCCAGGAGACUCGGAAUGGACCCACAUCAAAGCCCCUUGGGAAUUGAAAAUGUCAUCUGUCAUGUAUUCGGACAGAGACCGGGUGUUUUACUUGAACACUCUCCCGAGUGGUGGGUCGGGUCUGGCCGAAUCCGGCUCCCCGUUGGUGAAAUACCACCAGAGACUGCCCUGUCACGGCUCGCCCGGCGUGCCCAAGCCCGAUCUCGACAAAUUCACCCUGCACAUGGUGGAAUCACCUUGCGGCGAAUUAUUCAUCAUUUGGUGGUUCUUGGGCGACAAGUCAGAAGGUUACAAGACCAAGCGGUUGAUGGUGUUCAGGGAAGACAAGGAUCAAGGGAAGGGGUAUUACACGGAAGACAUAGGGGACCUCUGCAUUUUCCUCGGACCUAGGACCGAUCACUUCUGUGUACGGGCGAGCACGUACCCCGGCCUUGUCCCCAACUCCAUCUACUUUGCAGGCUUUCACCACUCGGGCGUCUACGACUUGGCCACCCGCUCCAUCCGCCUCCACGACCACAUCACCUCUCAUCCUCGCCUCGCACUCUGGCUUGCUCCCCUCCAGUCAUGUGUCCAAAUCUAGAUCCUCUCGCGUUGCUACUUUAAUCUAUCCUCUUUGCUUCUGUUUGCUCGCAUCUCUCUACUUUGUUGGUAAUUAUUUCGUUUAUAUAAAACAAGUUUGCAAAUUGGCUUAAAGUCAUGGCUUUUAUAUUUUUUUU